AUGCGACCCGAAGAGAGUGAGUUGUAUAAAGAAAGAUCGACACCGACAGCAGAGGAGGCGAAGUUUUUGAAGCUUUGCGAAAAUGACGAUUCUGAAGAGCUCAAACGGAUGCUCGGUGCGGAUCCGAAUAUCAAGCUGGCGAUUCUGAAAAAAUAUACCAACGACGAAACCAUUUUCCACAAGCUUGCCUGGUGGAGAUCUAAAAACGCUUUGAGGACAACAUUGAGCUUUAUGAGCUCUUUUUCAACACAGUACAAGAACUAUAAAGACUCGAAGAAAAGUAAGGAGAACCAGGGAACGAUGAAAUACAAAGCGGACUUUCGCUUCAUCCAAAAUUAUGAAGACAGUAUGGAUGAAGAGGAGAAGGAGGAGUACGAAAGAGCAGGAAAGACGUUUCUUGAGCAAUUUCUUGAUGAAAAAGAUGCUUCAGGAUGCACUGCGUUGCAAAAUGCUAUUCUAAGAUACGUUCCAAGAAGUGCUGGAAACGAUCGUCUAUCGGAAGAUUCCGAGCUCUGCAUCCGGCUCAUAGCUGAUCGUCAAUACGACUAUAACUCUCAAGAUAAUACUGGAAUGACGCCGAUCAUGGACGCGAUCAGUUCCGGUCACCUGGAAAUUGUCCGAAUACUUCUUGAGCGAAGCUGCUCUCGACCAGAUGAGAGUCAAAAAAGAGACGCUGCAGAAAUGGUUAAUCCGUAUCUGGAGGAUAAACGAGAGAAUAAUCUCAAAGUUUAUGUAGAAGAUGCAACAGAUGAAAUUCGAGACUACUUCAUAAAAUACUUUGAAAUUCUUGAUCCGGAGGUUUUUCUGCAAGAAGAAAGAAAACAAGAGGAAAGGAAGAAGAGAAAAAGUCCUGUUGAGAUUGACAGUUAA